AUGUGGGAACCCCGUACUGCUAGUGCUAUAGCCGCACUUUUGUCCAUCACCAAUGCUUUUACACUCGACUUUAACUCCGCCGGCCAAUGCACCGGCGCUACCAUCGGCGAGUUCGUUGGUACUGUUGGAUCCGGAUGCCAGACCCAAUUCUUCAACGUAUCUGACUCCAACAUAUUGAUACCUGUCGAAGGCGGCUCUGACAACGUCCUCAUCACUCCCAACGUGAAAUCCAGCCCUAGCGACAAAAACUCUGCGGUAGCUUGGUAUGGGGAGGCUAACUGUCAGACCCUAAUCGCUCUGGGCAACGUACCCGUAUGUUUGGGAGUGGGGAAUUAUGAGUCCUUCCAAGUCAUUGAUAUCACAGAUGUCGGCUUCACAUACCUGGACCCUGCAGGGGUAGUCGAGAUGCCUCCUAAUGCAACCGAGACUGCCACUAAGGGCGAAGUUCUCACCGAGCCAGGUGCUGUUUCAACACCAGCAUCGAGUGCGCCUCCACCACCAGCUACCACGAGUGCAAAACCAGCGAAGAUGAGAAGAGAAACCACCAAGAAAGGAGCGGUGGCAAAGCGUGGUCAGUCUAAGCAGGCUUCACACAUGACAAAUGCCAAGCGGAUGACACAUGGAGCCGUCCAUAGCGCCGCAGGUCAAGAGUGGAAGUUCCAACAAAUCGCAAGUCGGGUCUUUCGCGGCGUCAAUCCUGCUACGUGGAACGACAACAUCCAUAAGCGCUCCUCUGCUGACCUCGAGGCCCCCAUCUCUCUACCAGCCCUUAGCCCGCUCCAAUCACGUGCACUUUCCGAUGCAAAUUGUAACUUUAUUCGCACCUGCAUGGUUGACUCCGGAGACUCUCCAACUUUCAACAUCGCAUCCGCUGGCGCCCCACUCCUCUCGGCCAUCCAAAGAUUAAACACAGCCAAUACAGACGACUGGUCCUACCUACAGUCCCCCACCGUUGUCGAAGUCGUCGAUGAGUCCGGAAAACUCGAAGGAUACAUCUAUGCGGUAACCCUCCAACACUCCGAGAAUGUGAAUACAUGCUCUGACCAAGCAACACAACGAGACGUGCUGCAGGCGGCGCUUGCACAAGGUGCGGAAGGGAGUUCUGUGACUGAUAUGCAAGUAGCACUGCAGGUAAAGGCGCCGCAGCCGGCGGGAGAGACGAAUUUGUUGUUUGUUAGUACGAGGAGUGCGACGAACCAGGAUAUGAGUAUUCAUCCUGUUUGUGAGGCUGUGGUGGUGGACUUUUGA